UCAAGGCCCUGAACACACAGACACACACAUCUAUACGCAUGAUCUCUUUCUUGUGUGUGUCUCGCUCGCCACCUCUCUCAAGAAAAAGGGAGGCCCCGCCCCCCCUCCCCCUCCCCCUUCCACCCCACUCCCCCAGAAAGACCGCAUGUGCUGCCCCACAUGCAGAGGCACCGACACCUCGCCCGCGCACCCAAACAACCAGAAGUACGUCGGUGUAUCGGGAAUCAUGAUGACGUCGCCUUGCCAGUCGAGCAGCGUCACCCCAUCGCUAUGCAGACGAACCACCCCCUCCCUGCUCUCCGCCACUCGCACCCUCUUCAUCGGCCGCCCCUCAGCCUCGUCUACAUCCAUCAUCACCUCGUCGGUGUCGUCCACACGGCCGCUGUCCUGGGAGAUAGGGGCGACAAUGGACAUGGCCAGGGCAGCCGUCGCAGGUGGCACGGGCGGUGUAGUGGCCGAUGAGUGUGCACUUGCGGGUGCUGCUGCUAUGGGGCUGGGGAGCGGAGGGCUGAGGUUGGUAACGGCAGCAGCCGGCGCAGCAGGGGUGCUAGACCUUGCACCCGCAGCGGCCAUCGCUGCAACAGGCAGUAGCGGAGUAGGGGCGGCGUGUGGUAGAGCACCAGCAGCAGCAGCAGCAGCAGCAACAGGGGGCGGAGAGGGAGCAUCGCGCGUCCUGGGGCCGUCAGGCUGCAGCAGCAGAGGCGCAGGAGCAUCCUCAGGAUCCGCAGCCCGACAGCCUCGACGCACACGGAGGCGUACACGCCUCCGGCCAUUGCCCUCGGCAGGUGGAGCAGCCUCAUCAGCUGAGGCGGCUGCGGCGGUGGAACCUUCUGGAGGCUGACGGGGGGCGUCCUCGUCUUCGAUGAGCGGCCCGUCUUCUGUAUCCCAGAUUCUCACAUUCCUCUGUACAUAUACACGCAGAACAUACACGUAUAUGCUCACAUCGCCAUCCAUGUGUCUGUGCAUACGCGCCAUCACUCACCUGACGCUCGGGCGUGCGGUACUGGUCCUCCUGGCCCGCCCCGCCCGUGGUGGCCGUGGGCUGCUCCCCUUGGCCUCCUCCUGCUGCCGCUGCUGAGCUAGAUGGAGCGGCUGCCGCUGCAGCUGCAGCAGCUGGACCGCUGCCUCCCCCUUGCUCGCCCUCCCCUCGACCCCUCUUCCUCUCCUCCCCCGAGGACGUGUAACGAUGAACCCCAACUGACAUGCCCGCAGCCCUGAGUUGGGCGACAAAGUCAUCAAUGGGCACCAGGUCUGGUCUGCUGCUGGAUGCCGCCGGCUGCUGCUGGGUCUGGGUCGUGGCGACCGGGGCGGAAGGGGCUUGAGCACUUGGAGCAGGGGCUCUGGCGGCUGCCGCGAUGCGCGACGCGAAAUUGGCUGUGGAAACGGGCGCAUGCCGGCCCGGGCUGCUCGGCUGGACGGCACCGGGUGCUGCUGCUGCCGUUGGAUGACGACUGGCAGCGGGGCGGGGUGCUUCCACGCUGGGCGGAGUAUUCGGCAUGGGGCAGGAUAACGAAAUCAAGGUUCUUCACAAUAGCAACGACUACAGUGCAAUUGCAAUAGAAGGCGGCGGUGCGGUGCCCGAAACGAAGGACGACUAAG